UGACCAAAAAAGCCUGUUCUUUUCUUUUUUGUUUUCUUCUUCCUCUUUUCCUCUCUCUGAAAAUCAAAUUUCUAUCCAAACAAGUUCAUGUCUUUUUCCUGCUUUCUUCCUUUUCUUCCGUUCUACCCUGCUUCACGUUUGAAUCUUCUUUUUUUCAUUUAGUAUCUUUCUCUUUCCGUUUUCUUCAACAACCGACACCAUAUCUCCCGAUUUUCAUCCCAGAAAAACUCCGCCUGCGAAGCGAGGAAUAUCCACCUGAAGAAACGACAUCGCUUUUUAACCCAACCAUCGUCUUCUCUGCCCGCGAAUUACGCAUCCGACACCGCUCUGGGGUACGGUCUCUUAUCUGUCUUGUUUCUUGUUCUUGGUUUUGUUGGGGGCUGCGAAAGAUUUUAGUUUGUUUUUCAAUUCUGGGUUAGCCCUCGAUUUUUGGGAAGCUAACCCGAAGCUGAAAAAAGAAUUUUCCGCUGGAAGUUGUUGAAUUCUUUGUUUCUGUUUCGUUUCUUGAUUUGGGUUAAUGGCGGAAUUCGAAAACAACAUGGAAUUUACGGGAAAAGCUAAGUCUCGUCCAUCCUCUACCUCAUCUUCCUCCUUGUUCAGUCGUUCGCUUACCAUUCACGCGACCUCCAUUGAUGGAACCCCCAAAGCCUACCCCAAUCUCUCUCUCAACCGGACAACAUCCAUCACUAAAUUCUACAAUCCAAUUGAAUCGAUGGGGAGUUCGAUCAGAGGAAAGGUCAAGAACCUUUGCCGAUUAUUUGAAUCCUCCAAAUCCCCUAAAUCCAUUGCCAAUGAAUCACCGCAAACAAAGCUGAAAUCCGUGAAAUCCACCGUGCCUGAUUUUAGGGUCUCUCCUUUUUCGAGUUUCAACUGCUCUACCAUCCGGCUACCGGGCACGGAGGAUCGAAUUGUGGUGUAUUUCACUAGUUUACGAGGAGUUAGAAGGACAUACGAGGAUUGCUAUGCGGUACGGAUGAUAUUCAGAGGGUUUAGGGUUUGGAUUGAUGAGAGGGACAUUUCGAUGGAUUCAGCAUACAGGAAGGAAUUGCAGAGUGUUUUGGGGGAGAAGAAUGUGAGUUUGCCUCAGGUUUUCAUCAGAGGGAAGCAUGUGGGUGGUGCUGAUGUGAUCAAAAGCAUGUUUGAGAUUGGGGAAUUAGCCAAGAUUCUUGAAGGGUUCUCUGUUAGAGAGCCAGGGUUUGUUUGCCAGGGUUGUGGGGAUGUAAGGUUUGUGCCUUGUGGGAAUUGUAGUGGGAGUAGGAAGGUUUUUGAUGAGGAUGAGAAUAUGCUCAAGAGGUGCCUAGAGUGUAAUGAGAAUGGAUUGAAACGGUGCCCGGAUUGCUGUUCAUGAACAACCUGUUAAUAAAUGGUGAUUUGUUCCUCACAAAGGAUUUCAUCAAUGCAUAUAUUCUGAUGGUAUGAUUACAUUAUGAAUUCAAAAGAUAUUUUGAAUUCAUAGGCUUUUUCUUUUCUUCUUUUUGUUGUUGUGGAUUCAUCGGUAAGGAACUGAUGAUGCUUGAUUGUCAGAGUUGACAGGGUUAUGACAUUAUAAUAGCGUAUGUGAUCAAAAUGCAGAUUGGUUGAUGCAUUUUGAUUGAAUCUUAUGUUUAAGGAGAUUGGUUCUCCCUAUAAUUGAUUGUAAAUACUUAGUGUUAUAUGCUAUAAUGGAUGUGUAAAAGCUUGGAAAAACAAAAAAGAAAAAAAAUUUGUAAUGAUAAUGGGUUCAUUUAGUACCCUUGUCUAUGUUCAAUGCUUGUACUUAGAUGUUCUUAAGUUUUCAUAUCGAACAAUCUACUGCACUGGAGAUAUAUUUCCUAAUGCAUUAUCUUUGAAGUA